CUUAUCCAGUUUGCAACAAAGAGCUGUUCUAUUCCGUAAGUGACGAACAUGGGGAUUUGUGAAGUUAGUUAUGAAGAGCCAAAAAACAGAGUCGUUCACGGUUCAGCACAAUAUUAUCAGAAUAACGACCUUAUGAAAGAAUAUAGAGACGUAUUCAAUUUUUAUGAUGUGAAAAAAACUGGCCGCAUAGAAUUAAAUGAUUUCAUCGAAAUAUUGGAUCGAGUAGGGUUGGAUUCAUCAAUUGAAAAAAUAACAGAAGUAGCGAAAAACAUGGCUAUUCUUGAAUGCGAUCGACCUUUGUUGGACAAAAUAAGUUUUGAAGAUUUUGUGUCUCUUAUGAUUUCACUCGAUCCAGUGAAUUGGAUACGCGAUGAAGAAAUGCAUUUAGUGUUUCAGCGAUUUGAUACGGAUGCUGAUGGAUUCAUAUCAGGAAACGAUUUAAGAAAAUUGCUAACGAGCCUUGGAGAAAAUAUUGACGAUAACGAACUUCAAGCGAUGAUGUCAGAAGCAGAUAGAGAUGGCGAUGGCAAAGUUAAUUACAAUGAAUUCAUAAGAGUAAUGACGAAUACUUCCAACAAAACUUGUGAAAAAUCGAAAAAUAUGACCAACAACAAAAGUAACGUUACAGAAGCUAAAAUAGAAUCUACGUCUCAUACAUUAUCGCCUUCAAGAAAAAACAAAUCACAAGUAAAUGAAGACAAACAUAAUUCUAAACAGCGGAGAAGAUCCCGUCUACUACAGAUUCAAGAACAAGUGUCAAGAAUAAGAAUGCAAAUAGCUGUAAGAAGAAUAUUGAACAAAGGUUCAUGGAACUAAAUUGUUGCGUUUAUAAUUUUUUUAAAAGUGCCUGUCGUAUAAUUAUACAUUUACAAUCCUUGACUUGAAUUAUUGUGAACAUGAAUAUAAAAAUAUUUAUUAUAUACUGGCAUGCUUGCUAUAUCUCAACUAUACUUCGCAGAU